AUAUUAGAAACUAUUUAAUAAAAUAAUAUAUUACUACAUACUUCUCCGACAAUCAGUGUAUUUGAUGAUGAACAACCAGUACAUGUAUGUAUAACCAACGAACCAAAGGACUAACAGUUAGGUGAAAUCUUAAAAACGAUUUUACAUCAAAAUCAUAUUUUAAGGGGCUUAAUGACCGAUGUAUUAACCGAAGUGAUGGAACUAAGGCGAGAGCUGAUUUUGAUAAAAAAAGAACCUACGGCACGCAACAGUUUAUUUAAUGCAAUACCAGUGAGCUUUCCCAUAUCGUCUGAUGAAGAUAUGGCUAUUUUGGAAGAAUAUUUAACAGAAUCUAUAGAUUUUCAUAAUGCAGUGUUAGAACUUGCAAAAAUAGGAGGUUCAAGACCUUAUGAUUUUAUAUCAAGGGUGGCAACUUUAUUAAUUAGUAACGAGCAAGCUUUAAAAUACAGUUGGCUGGGCCGAAAGGGCAAAAGAAUCUUUUCUGAUACCAGGGUGGCUAAUUUGCUUAUCGAAGCAUUAAGUGCUACAUCAUUGGCAAAUACAAGGAAGGAAGCAGAAACUGCAAUUCAACUAUGGCUGAGGAGGGCGUUUGACCGAAAGAACAACAAAUUUAAUAAAAAGUAAAUAAAUUUUAGGUAGUGUUGGCAAUUUGACGGGUUAUUAGUUCAAGAAAAUCUGUUUUAGUUUAAAAUAUAUAAGAAUUGUUGAUAUUACUUAAGGUACCUCUGGUUAUACUUUAAACAGUUUCUCCAAAUAGAACGUAAAGUUGUUUUUGAAGA